UUACUGCGGUAACGUGCGAUAGAGCUCACCGACGGUCCCUUACGACAUCGACUUUUUGUCAUCGCAUCGAUAGAUUAAAUUUAAUCUAUUAAAGAAGGAAAGAGAAGAAAUUCUCUUGGCGAUCAAAUUCUUUUUCUUCCGAAGAACUCGAAUCGGCGAACGUUCAUAAAAUCCAACAUGAGGGCUGAAUUGGGUCUAAGAACUAGCAUUCUUCUUGUCAUCUUUGGCAUCGUCUGCGCGAUGGAAAAUUAUGUGGAUUAUGGAGACGAAUCACCGGAUAAAUCGCCGGCUGAGAAUAUUCACGAGCUUUACAGACUCAUCUUACAACGUAACGCUUUAGAGAACGGCGGAUUUAAUGGUAUCCCAUUGGAACAUCUUAUGAUUCGUAAAUCCCAACGUUCACCAUCAUUGCGCUUACGAUUUGGACGUUCUGGCUCACCUCAUGUUCCGGCGGGCUUGCUCUCGAAGCCGAUGGCAGCUGUGGCGACGGGUUUCGAGGAUAACAAUUAAUAAAGCAAAGGACGAAUCGAAUUAUUUUUCCUUUGCUAUGGAACGACGUCACUCUCUUAUAUUUCUCAUACAUAUUAGAUAAAGCGUAAGAAAACUUCUCUUGAAACCUACGCUUAUUAUAUUAACGACGAUAGGAAAGUUAAAAAAAAAAAAGAUUUAUUGUCACCAUUUGUCCGUAAUCGAUAGUUAUCUCUAAAGAUUCCUCUGUUUCUUCUUCGUAACAGCGAUGUUCUAUUCUAUCUAUAGAAGAAAAAAAAAAUAGGAAAAAAAAUAUCAAACAAAAAAAAAGAGAUCAAGAGAAAUGUAUAUCAAUAAUAUCAAGAGGAUCACUCGAAAACAUGAUAACCAACCCCUCCUAUAUAAUUAAUUAUCUAAUUUAUUUGUAUAAAUGGUGAGCCAUAGAAAAUAAUAUAAUUCGUGUAACAAAACCUUGAAUCGACAUAUGAAAUGCGUUUUAUGGCAUAUUAUAUCCAUUUUCUAUUUGUCGAUUAAACGAUUAAUAUCGUAGCUUUCCAUUAGAUAAGAGGAUUGUCGUUAACUACGUAGAAACCUACAUACAUACAUUGUCUUGUGUAACUUUAUAUACCUAAUCGUUACGAUCUGCUGCUUGUUUUCAUGCUGAAAGCUAAAAUAGUGAUCUCAUAUCGUCAUAGUGAAAAAAGGCGUCUGGCCUAAAUACCUCUCAAUUUUUGAUAAAUUUGUUUUAUUUUUUCUUCCUUUUUUUUUUUUAAUUAUCAAUUACUUUUCCCUUUGCAAUUCGAAAAUAAAAUAAAAAAGAAUCUUCUUCUCGGAAAUUUCCAUUCCGUUGGAACGUUUCACAUAACAAAUUCGGUGUAUAUUCUUCAAGAACGUCCAUUAAAUGAGUAUGAAUAAAAAAAAAAAGAAAAAAA